UUUCCCUCUCCCACUCCCACUUCGCUCUCACAUCUGGAGGGUAUCUGGAGUGGCUGUGUGACUCCAAGCCUACUAUGGGACAGCUUGUGUUUGAACUGGAAGUCAGACUUCAGUGCGUUUCAGCUAACAUUGUUCGGAAGGGGUAAAGUAAAGAGAGAUGGCCUUUCUCAAGCAUUCCAUCCUGCACGCCCUGAGUGUGCUGCUCUUGGCCUGGGUGUUGGUGCAAUGCCAGGCCCCUGUUGAACCAGAGGAAGAGGAGGAGGAAGAGCCAACAGAGGAAACAGAAAAUGCAACAGAGGUGACGAAAUCUGAGGCGGAAAUCUGUCCGCAGGAUUGCAGCUGUACAGCAGAGGGGGUAGUGGACUGCCCCGGAGUCAACCUCAUUGAGUUCCCCGCUAAGCUGUCCGAAAAAACCCGCCAGCUCUCUCUACAGAACAACAAGAUCGAGGAGAUAACGGUCGAGCAUAUUUCCCAUCUGCAUCAGCUUGAGACUCUUAAUCUUCAGAAUAACUGGCUCACCUCAGAUGGCCUUGAAGAUGAAGGGUUUGAGAUGCUCGAACAACUGGCUUAUUUAUACUUGGCAAAUAACAAGCUCACCUUAGCACCAAAGGUCCUGCCCCCCUCUUUGGUCAGUGCUGAUUUCGCUGCUAAUCAGCUUACAAGGAUCUUUCCAUAUACAUUUGGUCAUAAGCCAAAAUUGAGGUCUGUGUAUCUCCAUAACAACAAGCUGACUGAUGCAGGUCUCCCUGAACAUAUGUUCAAUGCUUCUGACAACCUGGAGAUCCUAACCAUGUCUAGCAACUUCUUGAGGGUUGUUCCCAAGAACCUGCCUCCGACUCUUUACCGUCUUCAUCUGAAGAGGAACAAGCUGGAGAAAAUCCCAGCAGGAGCUUUUGACAGCUUGCCCAAUCUCAGAGAAUUAUAUCUUCAGAACAACCUUCUCAGCAAUGAGGGCAUGGACAAUGAGACUUUCAGCCAACUCAGCAGCCUUGAGUGUUUGGAUUUGUCAAAUAACAACCUCAGCGUUGUCCCAAAGGGUCUCCCUCGCAGUCUUGUGCUGCUACACUUGGAGAAGAACGACAUCCGCAGUAUCCCUGGAGAUGCUCUAACGUCAGCCCGAAAUCUUGAAUACCUGCUCCUCCACAAUAACAAACUUCGUUCCCGUUCUAUCCACCCAGCUGCUUUCCAGGGCUUGAAAAAGCUGCACACUCUUCACAUGCACAACAAUUUGCUGGAGCGUGUUCCCAGAGGCUUGCCUCGGCGAGCAAAGACCUUAAUGAUGCUCCAUAACUCUAUUUCUGAAAUUGGCCGCAACGACUUAACCUUGUUGUACACGCUGAUAGAACUCAACCUCAGCUACAAUAAGCUUACCAGCCCCAAGAUGCACCGUGAGGCUUUUAGAAAGCUACGUCUGCUGGAAACCCUGGACCUGUCGGGGAACAGCCUUACCUCAAUGCCCAGGGGUCUUCCUCGCAGUCUGCACGUGCUCGAAAUCAAGAACAACCUGAUCAACUCUAUACCAGAUGGUACGCUGACAAAGAUGGAGAAGUUACGAAAGCUGAUCCUGAGUGAUAACCAGAUGAAGCUGAACUCAGUCUACCAGGGAGCCUGGAUGGAGCUCACUGCGCUCACAACGCUGGACCUGUCUGGUAACCUAAUGACACACAUCCCCGCUGACCUACCCGAGUCUCUGGAAUACAUUUACCUGCAAAAUAACCGCAUCUCCAGUAUUCAUGGUUCAGCUUUUGAAGGCACUCCCAACAUAAAAGGCAUCUUCCUCCGGUUUAACCCCCUGUCUGUGGACGCCGUAGAUGAAAGUUCCUUCAAAUACCUGUCCAACUUGCAGGUGCUGGACACUGGUGCAGGAAACCCUGACCUCCCCAUUCAAAAAGAGGAGAUCGAAGAGGAGCAAGACUAGACCUAGGUUGAUCUAACUAUAAUUGGACUGCAUUGCAUAAACGGACAGAAAGAGUUUUUAAAUGGGAAUGUACCUGUGAAUAUUAUUUCCCAGGUUCAUUUUUGUAUCGUGGCAGCGUCACAUAUUUCUGGUGCAGGAAACCGGAUGGGGUUACUGAUGUUUCCAUUUUUUUGGGCUGGUUAUUAAUGCAUAUCUUUAUAUCUGACCUUUAAUUAUUUUUGUCUUUGAUCAUUUUAUUGUUUCUGUGCCUUACCCUCAAAGAUUUAUUGGCAAAAUCUAAUGUGAACCUUCCCAUGUAAAUGUUUCUGAAUCGAUACAAAGAAUGUAAGCAGAGUGAAAAAUUCUGCUCCCACUGUGUGUGUCUUUCUCUGCUUUCUCAGCCUCUUUUCCUUCAAAGCCUCCUGCCUUGGCUCAUUGCAUUAAAAAAAGAGUGAUUUUACUUACAAUACUGUGAAAACAUUUGGAACAAAAGUGCCAAUAUAAG